GCCAUGUUUACAUUGAGUAUUUGUGUAGUUUUUAGUGCUAAAUUCUUUGUAUUUUUACAAAAUUUCGUCAAUCAACUUGAUGAAUAUGCUGUUCGAUAAUUUCAUUUGCAAAUUCCUGUCAUAGCAAAACUUUUGGUUGAGCGGCUUUGGACAGUUGGACUAACCGAGACUGGUUUAUGUGGAUCACCGGAACCCGGGAACCUGUUCCAAAAUGGCUUAAUAAUAACAAUAAAAAAAUGGUUUUUCUGCCAUCUACGGUUUCUUCACAAAGAACCCAUUUAAAAUGGAAGAAUCAAACGAAGUUCAGGAAGGUUUUCUUUGUCCCUUAUGUAUGAAAGAUCUUAGGAGUCAAAAGUUAUUAGAAACACAUUUUAUUGACGAACAUUCUCUGGACGAUGCGUCGAAGGGGCAAAAUAUCAAAGGAAUUUUUGAUAAAGCAAAGCGUAUAAUAUUAGGGAAAGGCGAAGAAGGCCUUCAACCAAGUGGCUAUGAAAAAAAAGAAGAGCUGCAAGUCACGACUGUUGAAAAUGAACUUGAUUUCUUUUACUGGGAGCCGCAAGAGAUUGGAUUUACACAAGAUCAUACAAAUGAGUUCCGGAGGGCCAGAACACGGACGAUUAAUGAUGACAUGAUUGAAACAAACACAAUUCUAAUUAGACUUCAGAAGAUUCUAAAUGCCUUGACUGAUGCCCAAGAAUCGAAUUCAUUGAGCAAUUCGAAAAAGAAAGCCAAGGAGAAGAGUAUGGUACCAUGGAAAUCAGAUGAUGAUGCAAAGUUAUGUUUUGGUUGCAAGAAAACGUUUACAAUUUCAAGAAGAAAACAUCAUUGUAGAUUAUGUGGUCAGGUGAUUUGUGGCAAAUGUUCAGAAUUUCUACCACUUAGUUCAGCAGCUAUAUUUUGUGAAAUGGAUGGAGCCCAAGAUGUCAUUUUAAGUUUGGAUGACAAUGAGGCUAGUGAAAAAAGUGCACUACGCAUUUGUUACCAAUGUCAUGACUUGCUUCUCAAAAAUUAUGAAGUAGAGCGACAGAAGAAGAAAAAGAUACCAUUGGUUCAGCUUUACGAGAAACUCACAAUUUUAAUGGCAGAUGCAGACCUUCUUUUACCAGACUUCAACAGGAUGGCAGAAUCACUAAGUUUUGGUGAUACGCGGUAUACAUACCAAGAGGUUGUCACUACAAGACUGAAGUUACUCAAGAUGUACGAGUCACUAGAAGUUGUUGGUAAAAAAGUACUUGCUCUUGGAUACACAACAACAACAUCUGAAGAUGGUACAACCAAGACAGAAAGUCCUGGAAAAUCAUCCCAAAAACUUCACCGUGGGGUGCACUCUUAUAUAGCAAAUUACUUACAAAACAAUAUGUUUACAUUAAAAUCAAUUCCAUCAGAAGAAGAAUAUGCCUCCCUUCGACAAGAGAGAGCUAUGCUUUUGAAAAAACGAGCAGAACGUGAGAAAGCUCAGCAGGAGAAAGCAAUGAAAGAAAGAGCAAUGAUGCACAAGGAGGUUUUAAGAAAAGCAAGAGAUUCUCUACCAAGCUCUCCUGCUAUUAGACGCCAUGAAAUGUAUGCAGGACAAAGGCGAUAUUCAUUUGAUCCUGAAGUUAAUACACUUUCAGAACAAAUAAACAAUGUAAAAGAUUUUCUUGAUAAAGCCAGGGAGAAUGGACAAUAUGAUGAAGUGAGGUCAUUAGAAAGAAAUUUGAAUGAAUUACAAAUUGAAUAUAAUAAACGAAUCAGAAGAUGACAAGUGUCUUGAGAUCCUGCUUUCAUCCUGCUA